CCAAGUCACAUUCCUGGCCACCAACCCCGUCCCGUUUUCUCCGUUUCAUCAAAGUCAAUCAAUUUUCGGUUACAUUCGGCGGCGCCCGAAUAAAACAAGAAUAUGUCUACGAGCCGUUACUUAAACUGGUCGCGACCGUCACCCGGGAGGCAUCAUCAUCCGCUCCGAAAGCAGGUUUCCUGCUUCGAGUCUUUCUCCGGCGGCGGGAGAAGUCUGUCGGUUAGCAACCUUGCCGUCUCGGACCAAGGUGCCGCGGACUUUGCCACGUUUGUAACGGCGGCCGUCAUCCAUCGGAACCGGUUUCAAGGCUAUCACACUUACCAUCAGGCGCACAGCCGGUCCAGUGGUCCGGUUAUCAUAUCAGCUUCCGGUGCAAGUGGUUCCGACGGACCUCCAAGGGCAACACCGCGUCGGCGACCGGCCAGCGCUCACACAGCAUCAUCCUCGAGGACGUCGGUUCUGUCCGGGGGAUCGCCGUCAUCGGCCAUGGCAAGGAAACUGAACGGUCACGAGAGUCGGAAGGUGCUAACCAAGCAACUUUCGUUGGACCAUUCGAACGUGGUGGCGGCCGGUGGACCACCGGCAGGUCACGCGUGGACUACGAUGGCCAAUCAUCGGACGGCGUCCGUGUGCGGUUCGAAUAGCAGUUCGGUGGGAGUGGAGGAUAAAUGCCAGGGUCCCCCUGGGAAGCAGUGUGUGAGUUCCGGCAUUAAGAAGCGGCCACCUGGAGCGGGUGUGAAAAAUGAUUCAGAAACGAACGAACACAUAAAAAAGGCCCUAAAACAGGGCAACAGGGACUCCCGUAUCAACAUCAAGAUCUUCCUCGGUGAAUCCGUACAGCAGGAUUCGUCCGAUACCGGGCACAGUGACACGGAAUGCCCAAAUCCGAAUCAAUCUCAGCAGCAACAACACCAACGCAAUCAACAAAACCAUCCUCACCCGCAACAGCAGCAGCAACAACAGAAACAACCUAAUCAACAACAACAACAGCAAGGCAAUCAAAAGGCGGAAGCGGAAAAUUCACAACCGGAAGUUGAAAGUAAACCACCCAAACAACCGCAGCCAUCAUCUUCCUCGUCCUCCACCGGUCGUGACGGUCGUGGCUCAUCGCUAGCCCAACGUCGAGCCCAGUUCCACGCGAGUCGUCAACAUUCCGAAGCCGCCGAACGACGCCCGCCGCUGGUGCGGGCUAUGUCAGCUCCCAUCCGACCAAUAGAUACCGAUUCCAAGUUCCUACAGAGUAAGAAGAAAAUCCGAAAGAAGAAAGUUUUGCGUGAACGAGACGAGAUCAACGAGUGCGAUGAGGACGACUUUGACGAGGAAACACUCAACAAACUCAACGCGACCAACAACAACAACGGCAAGAACACAUUCGCUGCUGCUGUUGCCGGUCAACAACGGUCACGUUCGGUGCUAGGCGGACCGUGCGACAUCGAAACCCUCGUGUCGUUGCUGAGUUCCGGCGGGAGUGACUCCGAGAAGGAGGAUACUGCGCCCACGGACGGUGUAGAUUCCAACACCACUUCGUCGACAAUAAACUACAACAACAUCAACUUCAACUCGGUGCUGAAGUCACGUGCUCCAAUGCUCAAGAAGGCCGGCAAGUCGGUUUCAUUCCAGGAGACCGAGCUGAAGCAAAGUGCCGGACUCAAUCGGGAUUACUACCAACCGGGUCAUCGAAAGCCACCGUCAUUGCAACCGUUUGCCAAUCGAAUCAGGAGAAGCCAACAGUUGGCCAACACGCUGAAUGCGUUUCAGAAGAAAAAAAGUUUAACCGAAGACACCAAAUCCGACGACGAUAAGGAUACCCAAAGCGAUGAUGAUACCAAGGACAACACAACCACCCCCAACAUCACCACCAGUCGUCCCAUCCCACCGGCCCAUGCAGCGAAAACGAUUCCCACAACCACAGAAGUGCAACCACCCGGCGAUGCUGGCAACACUGGUACUGGCACCGGAAAUCAGGACCUGGUGGACGGUCAAACGCCUAAGGAACGCGAAUGCUACCGGCUGUUUCAGAAAAUGUCCAACAUGGGCCUCUCGGUGUCCUACGAUACGAUCCUGCGGGGAAUGCUGACCCCAACGGAGCUGAGGGUUUUGCAGAAACAGAAGAACAAACUUCAGAAGCAGCAUGAGUCACGUCAGAAUAGCAGCGAAACGGAGACGAAUGAUAGUAGCGACACCAGCAAGAGCGAGGCAUCAACUACGCUGAGUGCUUUCGUUGGUGGUGGUGGGGAGCUGGGGGUCGUCAAUGGACCCCCAACGCCGGUUUUGGUAGCAGAGCAAACCGUAGCUGUAGAGUAACUGGUAGGAGAACAGACAUCCACGCUUGAAUCGGGAGUCCGAAGCAUCGGAAAGUUUCACUGAAAGGAACGUUUCAAGAAAAAAAAAUAUUCAGGCUUGUAUGUCUGUCUGGUAAACGGUAGCAACCUAGAAGCUUCAAAAGAAUCCACAUGAUAGAAACAAGAAAUCAAUAAAAUUUAGGUUCAUGCUACAACUUAUGAUUUGGUCAGCAAACUGUGAUAGCGAAACGAUAAAAAAAAAAACAGAGAAACUGGAUACUCGGUUGGGUACAAAAAACAUUGGAACGAAGUUACCGAAGGCACCUAUUAUUAAAGCGCACACUUGAACGAACAGAGUUUAACGUAUGUUGGCAACCAGGAAAGCAGUAGAGUUUGUUUGAUAUGUUACGUUAUAUGACCUAAAUAUGAGCUAUGACCAAGUUAGAGAGAGAUCAGUAUCAAUUCGUUAACCAAACCCUCAAUGAACCAAAGGAUGGCACCGUUGAAAUUCACUUUGUUAGGCAUAUUUUGCUUUUUGGAAGCUAUAGAACGCACACAUUAAUAAAGGAUCGAAUGUUCCGAUGAAUA